GUCAUGCAAUGCAUCUAUACGUUUCUCUAUCUCACUCAAUAUAUAUACACGAACCUUCCUCGUUGUUUCCUCCCAAGAACAUCUCAAAGCAUUUUCUAUUCUUCAUUCAAUCUUUUGACCCCCACACACUCAUAUAAUCAUAUAUAUCCUCAUAAACCCUAAACCCUACCUAGUUUCAACAACUCUCUUGUUCCAAAUCCAAGAAAAAGGUUAGUUUCAUAAGUAAUGUCCAAAGUUGGGAAGCUGACAAAGCUCAAGUCGGCGAUAAAGAAGUGGCCUUCCUUCGCCAAGAACCACCACCACUCAUCCUCCUCGGCCGCUGUCUCCAAUGAGCUCUCAGAGGACAACAAUCUCCAUGUUGUUUAUGUUGGUCAGACUCGAAGACCUUACAUGCUUAGACCCGACAUCAUCUCUCACCCACUCUUCCAAGAACUCGUGGAUCGGUCGAGGUCCAUGGAACAAGAUCGUGAGAUUGUUGUAUCUUGUGAAGUUGUUUUGUUCGAGCACUUGUUGUGGAUGCUCAAGACUGGUCAAGAAGGAGGAUCCGUUGAAGAACUGGCUGAGUUCUAUACUUAUUGACAUCGACCAUUUGAUUUCUACACAUUUAUUUUGUAUAGUGUAUACUAUGUUUAUUGGUCUUUUUGUUGUUGCUGCUGAUUUGUAAUUUGUUUCGAUGCGGUGUGUGACCCAAGCGUGAUCACGUAAAUUUUAUGAUGAUGAUGAGCAUAUGUAGCUUCUUACUUUGUUA